UCGGUGGCGCUCGCAGCGGGGCGAAGCGGGGACCGGUCCGGUUCGGCUCCGCUCGGCUCCGCUCGGUCCCGCUCGGCUCCGCUCGGCCAUGGCGAAGAGGGCGGCCGUCCCCGCCGGGCCCCUCGGGGACGAUUUCUCCUUCGUGAGCCCGGUGGCCAAGUACGUGCUCUUCUUCUUCAACCUGCUCUUCUGGAUGAUCUCCAUGGUGAUGGUGGCCGUGGGGGUGUACGCCCGGCUGCUGAAGCACGCAGAGGCGGCCCUGGCGUGCCUGGCAGUGGACCCUGCCAUCCUCCUCGUCGUGGUGGGCGUCCUCACCUUCCUCAUCACCUUCUGCGGCUGCGUCGGCUCGCUGCGGGAGAACAUCUGCCUGCUGCAGAUGUUCUCCGUCUGCCUGACCAUCAUCUUCCUCCUGCAGCUGGCGGCCGGCGCGCUGGGCUUUGUGUUCUCUGAUAAGGCCCGCGGGAAGGUCAGCGAGAUCAUCAACGGGGCCAUCGUGCAUUACCGGGAUGACCUGGACCUGCAGAACCUCAUCGAUUUCGGGCAGAAGGAGUUCAGCUGCUGCGGGGGUGUCUCCUACAAGGACUGGUCCCAGAACAUGUACUUCAACUGCACGGCCACCAACCCCAGCCGCGAGCGCUGCUCCGUGCCCUUCUCCUGCUGCCUGCACGACGCCGACCAGGCUGUCAUCAACACCAUGUGUGGCCACGGGAUGCAGGCCCGGGGCUACCUGGAGGCCAGUGCCUUCAUCCACACCAACGGCUGCAUCGACAAGCUGGUCAACUGGACCCACAGCAACCUCUUCCUGCUGGGGGGCAUCACCCUGGGGCUGGCCCUGCCCCAGCUGGUGGGCAUCGUCCUGGCGCGGCUCCUCAUCAACCAGAUCCGCGACCAGAUCAAGCUGCAGCUCUACAACCAGCAGCACCGGGCAGACCCCUGGUCCUGAGCCCGCAGCCUCCCCGCGGUACGGCGGCUCUCCCGGGCGCUCCGGGGCCGUUCCCGAUCCCCGGAUCCGCGGGGACAGCCCGAGGGGCCUCGCUGGAGGACAGGGAAUGCGGAUCCGCGCUGGCCGCGGAGGAGACUCCGUGCCUUUGGCAGCCGCCGCUGGGCUCGGCCUGGAGGGGCUGAGCUGAAGCAGCGCCGGAGAAUCGCUGUCUGUCCGUCCGUCCUGCUGGUGCGCAAAGGGAUGUGCUCCCCCUCCCCGCGUGCGCUGGAGAAGGACGCUUGUCUGCCUGUCUGUCUGUCUGUCUGUCCGUGCACCGAGCUGCCUUCGCCCAGGCCGGGCUGCGGGACCGGGGACAUUCCCCCCCAUGGCCGCGUGUCCGUCCCGGUGUCCCCGGCCGCGGGGACAGCGGGAGGGCACAGCCGGGCUGACCCGGGCUGACCCAGGGCGUGCCCAUCCCUUGGCUUUCCCGGACAAUAAAGACACGAG